UUUAAUUUAUUUAUUUUGUUUCUUCUUUCUUUUCCUCUGUCUUCCAUUCAGCAUCGUAAGUUACGCGUUCGUCGCUCACAUAGUCAUCGCAAACGCAGCGAAACUCGAAUAGCACUGGAUCUUCCCACGACUGACCCUAGUGCCGAUUUGAUAUUCUCCACCGACGAGGAGCCAAACGCACCUGAUGGAGACGAUUGUGUGCCACAAUAUUGCACUGUACCACGCGCACGUGCACGUCGUCUUUUACAAAGUGAGCUGCAACGCCGCUAUAUGGAGGAAAUUGGCGAUAAUGCAACGGGACGAGGUAGAGCUAAAAUGCCACCUGAAUUGAUUAUUACAUCGCCAUCAAAGGGUACGAAAAUCACUAUAAAGCCAAAUAUGGCGACCUCCCAUACGGAACCAGAUGCGCUCGGUAUUCUUGAAUUUCCGGUGACUUUUAAGGCGGCUAGACGCACUAAUUCAUGGCAUAAUCUCAACAAUAAUGCGUCUAGACCGGUGUGUAUGGCCCGACAAAAAUUCUCGAGCUCUUAUAGUCCCAACGAAAGUAAAAUAGAAGAACUAGAUUUGAAAUUAUCGCUGAAGAAAAGGUAUUGGGCUGGUGUAAAGUCUGACAAGAGCAGAGAAACUCUAGAGCAUCCGCGACCACUUUCAUGGAAUCAACAAAUAGUGCGGCGUCAGCACCCAGCUGGGCAACAAUCAAGACAUGCGGCGUAUGAACGCAUGAAAAAACCCUCACGAGAAAAAUUAGACGAUUCUAUCUACCGAAAAGCAGACAAUGAGGCUUUUCUUAAUAUUGCGAAUAAGGAAAUAUUGACUUACAGUGCUUGUUCACAAAAGCUGCUACACUGGCAGCAGGAACUAAAUAAUGUGGGAAAAACGUUUGUGGCCAGAGACCUUAGUGCUUCGCCAAUACUAACACGAAAAAUUGAUAUUCAAAUGGGCGCUUUGACGCUGGGUAUGCCAGAAAUUUUUGAUGAUGAACGGACCCUGCGUAUAUUUAGAAAAGUUUCGCAAGUGAAAAAGGACUUAAAAACCCCUACAAAAGAGGAGGCAGCAGUCGGCGAGCAUAAGGUGAAACGGAGAAGCAAUGGACUUAUAAAAAUCGCCGAUACAUCACAGCUUAUUUCCCGCUUAACCAAGGGCAGGUCGAGAGCGCGAGGUGAUCAUGGUCAAUCAACUGCAACGCGCACUUGCAGCGUCAGCCUACAGCAGCAUACUGGACUUUCGUCAAAUACAUCCAAAGCCCGUGUGCCGGGGGUCAAUCGUUUCAAAACAGGAGGCAUUGUAGUCACGGCAGUGCAGCAAUCCUCAUCAAAAAAGAUUAAAAAGGGGCAUCGAAAUAACAAAUCACAACUGUCACUUAGUGGCGCAGUAGCAGGUGGUGCAUGCAAAAAGGAACAAAACAGUAACACAGGUGGAGCUUCAAAGCUCAAUAAGACCAACUUAUCAAUUAAGUCCACAUUGAGUUCCAACACGUUUGUACGCAAAGUAAAGACAAAACUAACAAAAAAGAAGUCCAAUCAUUCACGCGACGAGCCGUCCAAUAUAGUGCCAGGUAGUCGUAUAUUGCCUAAUGUUAAUAGCAUCAUCACCAACAACAGUAUUUAUGGAGUGCCUUUAUCACGAAAGAUGUAAUACUUUUUUAAAUAAAUGCUAAAAAAAAAAAUAGAGUAACGGCAAACGUUUA